UUUUUGUUAUUUUCCAGAAGAAACUGUUAUCUUCUUAUGACUAUAAAUUGUAAAUAAAAUAAAAGAAAUGAAGGAAUUGGAUUCAAUACCAAAGACUCUGAUGGAAGAUCUGCUUGGCCUUUUGAGGGUUCGCGUGAAGCGCGGUGUCAACCUAGCCGUUCGUGAUGUCCGAAGCAGUGACCCUUAUGUUGUCAUCAAGAUGUUCAAUCAGAAACUAAAGACUCGUGUCAUUAAAAAGGAUGUGAAUCCUGAGUGGAAUGAAGACCUUACGCUUUCUAUUAUAGAUCCGAAUCACCUUGUUAAACUGACUGUGUUUGAUCAUGACACCUUCAGCAAAGAUGACAGAAUGGGAGAUGCAGAAUUUGAGAUCUUUCCCUUUAUGGAAGCCUUGAAGAGCAACUUAAGUGGCAUUCCAAGUGGUACUGUAAUCAAAAGAAUACAACCAAGCAAGGAGAACUUCCUGGCUGAUGAGAGCUGCAUCACUUAUGUGAAUGGCAAGGUUGUGCAAGAUAUGAUCCUUAGAUUGCAAAAUGUGGAGUGUGGUGAAGUGGAACUUCAGUUGCAGUGGAUUGAUCUUCCUGCUGCUAAGGGUGUAUGAUCUUAUUAUGAACUUCAUGCAUAUAAGAUUGCCUUUUUCUGCCUUGUAAUACUUAACUUGAGGUCAGGUUUUUCUAAGAAUUGUUGAGGAACAAACUGAACUUGUAUUUAUAAUCCGGUUUUUCUGAUGCUUUAGUACAGUUUAACAUUUUACUUUUCA